UGUGGGCUUCAGCAUUUGGUGGAGAGAUGAAGUCCAUCUCUGCAAAGUAUUCUGGCUCCCAGCUGCUUCAGAAGAAAUACAAAGAGUUUGAGCGGGCAGUGCGAGUGGAGGAGAUCGAUGGGCUGCGUCUGGUCAAACAGCUGGCACAAAACAUGGAGGAGAUGUUCCAUAAAAAAGCACAGGCCAUGAAGAGACUGGUGGAGGCAGCAGAGGAGGCCCACCUUCAGCAUGAGGAGGACCCAGACCUACAGUAUGAAUACUUCAAUGCAGUCCUGAUCAACGAAGUGGAUGAAGAAGGCAACAGUGUGGAACUCGGGGGAGAAUUUGUCUUGCAGCCAAAUGACCAUUUCAAUAAUUUAUCGGUUAACCUCAGUCUGAGUGUGGUGCAGGUGCCCACCAACAUGUAUAAUAAAGAUUCUGCUAUUGUCAACGGUGUGUACUGGUCCGAGGCUCUAAAUAAAGUCUUUGUGGAUAAUUUUGAGAAGGACCCAUCGCUCAUCUGGCAGUACUUCGGCAGUGCAAAGGGCUUUUUUCGACAGUACCCAGGCAUUAAAUGGAAACCAGACGAACAUGGUGUCAUUGCGUUCGACUGUCGAAACAGGAAGUGGUACAUCCAGGCUGCGACGUCUCCCAAAGAUGUGGUGAUCUUGGUGGACGUGAGCGGCAGCAUGAAGGGGCUGAGGCUCACCAUCGCAAAGCAGACUGUGUCCUCAAUUCUGGACACUCUGGGAGAUGAUGACUUCUUCAACAUUAUUGCUUAUAAUGAGGAGCUGCAUUAUGUGGAGCCCUGUUUGAAUGGGACUCUGGUCCAGGCUGAUGUCACUAACAAAGAUCAUUUCCGAGAACACCUGGACAAGUUGUUUGCUCAAGGAAUCGGCAUGUUAGACGUGGCUUUGACCGAAGCCUUUAAUCUGCUAAGUGAUUUCAAUGAAACAGGGAGAGGAAGUGAGUGCAGUCAAGCCAUUAUGUUGGUGACAGAUGGAGCAGUGGACACGUACGAUGCCAUCUUUGCCAAAUACAACUGGCCGGAUAGAAAGGUCCGGAUAUUCCCUUACCUGAUUGGUCGAGAGUCCGCCUUCGCUGAUAAUCUCAAAUGGAUGGCAUGCGCUAAUAAAGGCUACUUCACUCAGAUCUCUACACUAGCCGAUGUCCAGGAGAAUGUGAUGGAGUAUUUACAUGUCCUGAGCCGACCAAAAGUGAUUGACAGAGAACAUGACACCGUUUGGACCGAGGCCUACAUCGACAGCACUCUGGAUGAUGGUCAAGGUCCAGUUCUGAUGACCACUGUAGCAAUGCCAGUGUUCAGCACCAAAAAUGAAACAAGGAACAGGGGCAUUCUGCUUGGUGUGGUGGGAACAGAUGUGCCUGUGUCAGAGCUGCUCAAGACCAUCCCCAAAUACAAGCUGGGCAUUCAUGGCUAUGCUUUUGCAAUCACCAACAAUGGCUACAUCCUCACCCACCCAGAUCUACGACCACUUUAUGGUGAUGGUAAGAAGCGCCGAAAGCCAAACUACAGCAGUGUGGACCUGUCAGAGGUGGAGUGGGAAGAUAAAGAUGACACGCUCAGAAAUGCAAUGGUCAACAGAAAGACCGGGACCUUCUCUAUGGAGGUGACCAAGAGCAUCGACAAAGGGAAACGAGUAUUGGUUUUACAUAAUGAUUACUACUACACAGAUAUAGAAGGGACUCCCUUCAGUCUAGGAGUGGCUCUUUCCAGAGGUCAUGGGAAGUUCUUUUUCCGAGGGAAUGUCACAAUAGAAGAAGGUCUUCACGACUUGGAGCAUCCAGAUGUGGCACUAGCUGAUGAAUGGACAUACUGCAACACAGACGAGCACCCAGACCACCGCUACCUGUCCCAAAUAGAAGCAAUUAAACUUUACCUGAGUGGACACGAACCACAGCUCAAGUGUGACAAAGAGCUAAUCCAGGAAGUCUUGUUUGAUGCUGUGGUCACUGCCCCUCUGGAAGCCUACUGGACCAGCUUAGUUUUGAAUAAGUCUGAGAAUUCCGACAAAGGUGUGGAGAUAGCAUACUUGGGCACAAGAACUGGGCUUUCUAGGAUCAACUUGUUUGUAGUUCCCGAUGAGCUCACUAACCAAGACUUCCUGACAGCUGAGGACAAAGAAGGAGUGUUUAACGCAGAUCACUUUCCUCUUUGGUACAAAAGAGCCGCGGAGCAAGUUCCCGGAACGUUUGUCUACUCUCUCCCAUUUACUGCUGUGGGCAUUCAGAUGAAACUGGAGUUUUUUCAGAAGAAAUUUUGGACGGCCAGCAGACAGUGUGCAGCUUUGGAUGGAAAGUGCUCUAUCAGCUGUGAUGAUGAGAAUAUUAACUGCUACCUUAUAGACAACAAUGGGUUCAUUUUGGUAGCCGAGGACUACACUUUGACGGGAAAAUUCUUUGGUGAGGCUGAAGGAGCAGUUAUGAACAAGCUUCUGCACAUGGGCUCUUUUAAAAGGGUGACGCUGUACGACUAUCAGGCUCUGUGCUGGGUCUUUUCAGAGAGCAGCGGCAGUGGACACACUCUCCUAGAUCCGUACUUUGCCUUCUUCUCUACAAUCAAGUGGAUUUUGACCGAACUUGUCAUCUUUAUGGUGGAGUUCAACCUGUACAGCUGGUGGUACUCGGAUCUCACAACAAAAGCUCAGAGGAUGGGGCGUUCCAUGCAGGUUCCUUGCGACACAGAGUACCCGGCCUUUGUGUCAGAGAGGACCAUCAAAGAGAACAUGGGGCACACCGACUGCGACGGCUGCAUCAAGUCUUUUGUGAUCCAGCAGAUCCCCAGCAGUAACCUCUUCAUGGUGGUGGUUGACAACAAGUGUGAUUGCAGCAUGUUUGAGCCCAUUACCAUGGACCCCAUUGAGAUCAUGUAUAAUGAAUCACUGAAAUGUGAGCGGCUGAAGAUGCAGAAGGAUAGGAGGCGUCCAGAUACCUGCCACCCUUUCCACCCGGAGGAGAAUUCGAUGGAGUGUGGAGGAGCCAUGGGUCUUGCACCAUCUCUGUCUGCUGUACUCUUUUGCAUCCUUCUGGCUGUCUGUCCCAGGUGACCCUCUCCAUGUGAGGAUCGGCUUGGCUGGGCAUGUAAACCAACUGCGAUAAUGCUACAAGAAAACGACAACCCUAAUCUAUAAAAAGUGACCAAUGAAAAACAUCAACUGCUGCCCCUGAGGUUUCCCCCAAACUGGCAACAAAAAAAGCAAUAUAUAAGCCGCAAACAGGGAUAUACAAAGUAUUGAACAUAGUAAAAUGCCAAUAAGACACCUAGUAGCUUAAACUAUCACAGUAUAAUGCUAUGUUCAGUUCUUUCUGGGUUCAUGGUGUGUAGCUGGGCUUUCAGGUUGGAGCCACAUAAAAACACAUCAUAUGAAGUAAAAUAAAGAGAUUUAAAAAAAAAAAAAAAAAAAAUCAUCAAAUGAUGAUAGUUUGUCAGAAGGGGCAGAGACUGUAAAAAUGUCUGUCAAAUGUUUUUUUUAUGCCAAGAAAAGAAUAAAGUAUUAAAAGUACAGUACUGUGCAAAACACUCUGAUGGGCAUCUCUUUUUAUUUAUUUUUGACUCUUGGGUC